AUCGUACCUUAGAGUGUUACCGAUUUAUUUAUAUUUAUUCCAAUUUACCGAGAUUUUUCCUUUGAAUAUCUUAAUCCUUUAAAUGUAAUUAAAUCCAGACGGUGUCCAGUGUACCUCCCGAUUGUAGCCAAUCACCGUCUCCGCGACCUCCCACAUCCCUCCCUCUUAACGAUGCCAGGGCCUCGGUCCGAAACUUCCCACCUUCAUACCCAACAUCUCGGCGACACUCAUUCAUACUGUCCGCUCCGGGUUCAUACGAACUGAAUGUGUAGCUGCUAGUAACAAUGGGCUGGGACAGAAUAGCGCUGUUCUUUCUACAACUUUCCUGGACGCUUCAUCAUGUUACAGCCAUUGAAAGACAGGACAUGUAUCCAUAUGGGCAGUUCUACGGCGAUGUUAUUCUGCAAGAAGGAGACGAUGAGACCUCCAAUGUGAUAUUCCUGACCAAACCCUUGUAUUUCUAUGAGGCGUCCUUUGACAAUUUAUAUGUGGCCACCAAUGGAAUCAUCUCAACCUCGGAUCUUCCCAUGGAGAAGCAGUAUGUAGAUGACGGGAUCCCCACAGACUUCCCUGUCAUCGCCCCCUUCCUGGCUGACAUUGACACCAGCAAGGGAAAAGGAUCAAUCUACUACAGGCAGACGGAGUCCACUACCGUGCUGGAGCGGGUGAAAGCGGAUGUAAGAAAAGGCUUUCAAGGCGCAGUCUUUACCCCUAACCAUGCCUUCAUCGCCACCUGGGAGAAUGUGUCCGCUUACGAGGAAGUUUCCCGCAGCUCCAGCCCAUCCAAUCGGAGAAACACAUUCCAAGCGGUUAUUGCAUACAAUGAGAAGGAUACAUACGCUCUCUUCCUUUACCCUGAGGAUGGAUUGCAGUUUUUUGGGACUCGACCCAAAGAAUCAUACAAUGUUGAAAUUGAGCUUCCAGCUCGUGUGGGCUUCUGCAGAGGAGAGACGUCCUAUUUCAUCUUCUCACGGCAGGAGGGUCCGUACUACAGCGUCACCAGCAAUGAGCAGUCCAUCAAGAACCUUUAUCAGAAGGGAAAUACAGGGACGCCAGGAGUUUGGCUUUUUCACAUUGGAAACAGCCAAUCUUUCCAAAACAUUGUUCUUCCGCAAGAUGAGGGCUUAGGUCACAUCUUAACCACAGUUUCCCCAUUUAUGACUGUCCUGUCGCCUGAUGAAGAGUACACAGAUGAAGACGAAUAUCAAAUAGAACCAGACUUCCAGGACUCCACCACGACAGAGUUUAUCGAACCAGAGCAGGACUCGUCUGUUUUGGAGGGUCACAACCAGCAGACGUUCCUCAAUAAUUUGCCCCUUCAGCCUUCGGUUUCUGGUCCAGGAGAUGUUCCUAAGCCGGAACCCCGUCAUUAUCCCUCGGACGUGAUCCAGCCACAGCGGCCGCUCCCGAAGCACGCCAUCCUGCAGGUGUACCCGAACCGCUUGAAGGACAUCCCACCACACACCUCAGGUGGUCAAGUGUUCAGCGUUGACGAGAAAGUCGACUUUGACUCUGGAGUGAUUCAGUACUCCACCAAUAAUAAGGAAACCUGCGAACGCUUCCAAACUCAUUGCAGUCAGAAUGCCGACUGUACGGAUUAUUCCGCCGGCUUCUGCUGUCACUGCAACUCAGGAUUUUACGGCAAUGGCCGACACUGCCUGCCAAACGGUGCACCUCAUCGAGUGAAUGGAAAGGUAAGGGGGAGCCUGUCGGUGGGCGGUACUCCAAUGCAGCUGGACAGCAUCGACCUGCACGCCUACAUCGUGGUGGGCGACGGACGGGCGUAUACCGCUAUCAGUGAGGUCCCGGAGCCGGUAGGCUGGGCCCUCAUGCCCGUGGCCCCCAUCGGAGGUCUGUUCGGUUGGCUCUUUGCCCUGGAGCUGCCUAACAGCCGUAAUGGCUUCAGUAUCACCGGUGCUGAAUUCACUAGGAGAGCUGACGUGACUUUCUAUCCCGGUAACCAGCGUCUCAGCAUCGUCCAGACGGCCACGGGUUUGGACAACCAGAACUACCUCAGUGUGGACACUCAUUUAGAUGGCAGCAUACCCUUCAUCCCUCCUGGUUCCACCGUGCAGAUGGAGCCAUUUAAAGACACUUACCAGUAUUAUCCUUCAUUGAUAACCUCAUCAUCGGUGCGUGGGUUCACAGUUGUUUCUGCUGAGAAUGGAGCAGAGACCUUUUCUCUCCAGGUCAAACAGAACAUCACGUACAGAGACUGCAGUCACGGACCCCGCAGCCGUCUCCAGACACAAGAGUUGAGAAUAGAACGCAUAUUUGUUAUGUUCGUCAAAGAGGAGCGGAUCCUUCGAUAUGCCAUCACCAACAAGAUCGGCCCCGUUGGAGAUGGAGACCCAGAGCCAGAAAACCUAAACCCCUGUUACACCGGAAACCAUGACUGUGACACAACAGCGCAGUGUGUGCCGGGCGAGGGACAGCUGUUCACGUGCCAGUGCGCCACGGGUUACAUAGGAGACGGUCGCAACUGUUACGAUGUUGAUGAGUGUGCAGAAGGCCUGAAUUCAUGUGGCGCUCACUCUCAAUGCGUUAACCUGCCCGGAAGCCAUCGGUGUCAGUGUGAAAGCGGAUUUAAAUUCGACGGACGAACAUGUCACGAUGUGGAUGAAUGUCGUGACCAGCCGUGCCACGCCCAGGCCUUGUGCUCCAACGCUCCGGGAUCUUUCUAUUGCCAGUGCCAACCCGGAUUUCACGGAGAUGGUUUCCAGUGCUUUCCUGAGAACGAUGGUCGUCCCAAGACGCAGUGUGAGCACAACAGAGACAGUGUUAAAAGCGGAAGCGGUGAUGUUCCUUUGAUAGGAGCGUUCAUUCCUCAGUGUGAUGAGGAGGGUCAGUACAGACCACUGCAGUGUCAAGGCUCCACAGGUCACUGCUGGUGUGUGGACAGUUUGGGCCGGGAAAGAGCGGGAACACGCACGCCAUCCGGAAGCCCCCCGAGAAACUGUGAUGAAACGGUUCCUGACCGUCCCAAAACCCGGUGUGAGCAUCACAGAGACAGUGCUCAGGGUGGAACAGAUGGUUUGCCUUUGAUAGGAGCGUUUAUUCCUGAGUGUGAUGACGAGGGUCAGUACAGAACACAGCAGUGUCACGGGUCCACAGGUCACUGCUGGUGUGUGGACGGUACGGGACAGGAGAGACCGGGCACCCGCAGUCCACCAGGAAGCCCAGAGACAAACUGUGAUGAGCCGGUUCGUCCCCAAACCCGGUGUGAGCAUCACAGAGACAGUGCUCAGGGUGGAACAGAUGGUUUGCCUUUGAUAGGAGCGUUUAUUCCUGAGUGUGAUGACGAGGGUCAGUACAGAACACAGCAGUGUCACAGGUCCACAGGUCACUGCUGGUGUGUGGACGGUACGGGACAGGAGAGACCGGGCACCCGCAGUCCACCUGGAAGCACACAGACAAACUGUGAUGAGCCGGUCCCUGACCGUCCCAAAACCCGGUGUGAGCAUCAUAGAGACAGUGCUCAGGGGGGAACAGAUGGUUUUCCUUUGAUAGGAGCGUUUAUUCCUGAGUGUGAUGACGAGGGUCAGUACAGAACACAGCAGUGUCACGGGUCCACAGGUCACUGCUGGUGUGUGGACGGUACGGGACAGGAGAGACCGGGCACCCGCAGUCCACCAGGAAGCCCAGAGACAAACUGUGAUGAGCCGGUUCGUCCCCAAACCCGGUGUGAGCAUCACAGAGACAGUGCUCAGGGUGGAACAGAUGGUUUGCCUUUGAUAGGAGCGUUUAUUCCUGAGUGUGAUGACGAGGGUCAGUACAGAACACAGCAGUGUCACAGGUCCACAGGUCACUGCUGGUGUGUGGACGGUACGGGACAGGAGAGACCGGGCACCCGCAGUCCACCUGGAAGCACACAGACAAACUGUGAUGAGCCGGUCCCUGACCGUCCCAAAACCCGGUGUGAGCAUCACAGAGACAGUGCUCAGGGGGGAACAGAUGGUUUUCCUUUGAUAGGAGCGUUUAUUCCUGAGUGUGAUGACGAGGGUCAGUACAGAACACAGCAGUGUCACGGGUCCACAGGUCACUGCUGGUGUGUGGACGGUACGGGACAGGAGAGACCGGGCACCCGCAGUCCACCAGGAAGCCCAGAGACAAACUGUGAUGAGCCGGUUCGUCCCCAAACCCGGUGUGAGCAUCACAGAGACAGUGCUCAGGGUGGAACAGAUGGUUUGCCUUUGAUAGGAGCGUUUAUUCCUGAGUGUGAUGACGAGGGUCAGUACAGAACACAGCAGUGUCACAGGUCCACAGGUCACUGCUGGUGUGUGGACGGUACGGGACAGGAGAGACCGGGCACCCGCAGUCCACCAGGAAGCCCAGAGACAAACUGUGAUGAGCCGGUUCGUCCCCAAACCCGGUGUGAGCAUCACAGAGACAGUGCUCAGGGGGGAACAGAUGGUUUUCCUUUGAUAGGAGCGUUUAUUCCUGAGUGUGAUGACGAGGGUCAGUACAGAACACAGCAGUGUCACAGGUCCACAGGUCACUGCUGGUGUGUGGACGGUACGGGACAGGAGAGACCGGGCACCCGCAGUCCACCUGGAAGCCCACAGACAAACUGUGAUGAGCCGGUUCGUCCCAAAACCCAUUGUGAGCAUCACAGAGACAGUGUUAAAAGCGGAAGCGGUGAUGUUCCUCCGAUAGGAGCGUUCAUUCCUCAGUGUGAUGAGGAGGGUCAGUACAGAUCACGGCAGUGUCACGGCUCCACAGGUCACUGCUGGUGUGUGGACAGUAGGGGACAGGAGAGAUGGGGCACCCGCACGCCACCCGGAAGCCCAUCAAGAAACUGUGAUGAGCAGGUAUCCGUACUACCAACACAGCGUCCAGAGUCAGUCUGUGAGCGCUGGAAAGCCAGUCUUGUGCAGCAUUAUGGAGGUCAGCCUGAAUCUCAUCACUAUCUGCCGCAAUGUGACUCCGCUGGUGAAUUUAUCCCAGUGCAGUGCUACGGAGACAGCAGCUACUGCUGGUGUGUGGACCGAGACGGUCGCGAGGUACCUGGAACCCGCUCAAACGAUGCCGUGAAACCUGCCUGUAUACCUACUGUGGCCCCUCCCACUAUGCAGCCUCUGCCACGCCCAGACGUGACCCCGCCCCCAACAGGCACAUCUCUGCUGUAUGCUCAGGGGCAGCAGAUAGGAGUUUUGCCUCUCAAUGGCACACAGAUGGACAAGCAGAGAUCUUCAGUAUUACUUGCUCUACACGGAUCUAUAGUGGUGGGCAUUGACUACGACUGCAGAGAAAGGAAAGUGUAUUGGACAGAUCUGGCAGGGAGGACCAUCAAUAGGGCCGGUCUGGAGUCAGGAUCAGAACCUGAGAUUAUCAUCAAUACAGGUCUGAUGAGUCCAGAAGGUCUUGCUGUAGAUGUUGCACGUAGGAAACUCUUUUGGGUGGACAGCUCACCGGAUAAGAUCGAAACAGGAAAUCUGGACGGAAGUGACAGACGGAUUCUAUUUGACACAGACCUCGUCAACCCCAGAGCCAUCAUCGUGGACUCCUCUACAGGAACCCUCUACUGGACUGACUGGAAUAGAGAAGCUCCUAAAAUCGAAAGCUCCUCCGUGGACGGCCAAAACCGACGGGUUCUGGUGCGGGACGGCAUUGGACUGCCCAACGCUCUGACCUACGACUCCACCACACGGCAGGUCUGCUGGGGGAUGCAGGUACGCUUCUAAAGACUCCUUACUCUAUUAUAACGCUUUUUCCAAGAAGUCAAUAUAACAUCUUUGUGAUGGACAGGAACCAAGCGAAUAGAAUGUAUAUCACCAAACGGGACGGGCAGACGUGUGAUACAAAGUAACCUAAACUACCCCUUCAGCAUGGUGUCCUACGCCAAUCACUACUAUUUCACAGACUGGAGGAGGGAUGGAGUUAUCAGCCUCGGUCGAGAUAGUCAGCUUACAGAUGAGUUCUUACCUGAUCAGAGAUCUCAUCUGUAUGGAAUUACAGUUGCUCCCUCACACUGUUAAUAAGGGAGACGCUAAUGACAGAGCAAACAUAACAUGGUGCUAUUUCAGGCAAAUCUUGAAGUGCUCGCGCUGUUGGAAUUUCAGUCGUGGGUGGAGCGAGGAGAGAGCCAAUCACAACGGUCGCAAAUGCCAAAGUGCAAAUUUACAAACAUGAAAUUACGAAUAUUUUCUCAGAAUAGUUUUGUAAAUUUGUUUUAUACCUCAUUUCUUUCUACUGUACUUUUGUAUGUGACUUUUUGUUAAAAAAAAUAAAAGAUAAACCCAAAAACAUAAUGAACCCAAGAGUUUAGGUGUGUAAUUUGUAUGUGUAUAAAUACAUCACAAUGUCACUUAAAAUUGCAUUGAACCUACAUGGUCUUUUACUAGUUUAAUUUUUAAUCCUUUUUAUAUUUUGUAAGAUGUGAUAUUUAUAACAAUAAAAUGUGAUUGAAACAUA